CCUGCCUUCAGGAAAAUCGGGAGUGUUCUUUUUGGUGUAAAAUAACAGCUACAUCUCUACGAGCAACUCAAAAGAACUCGUUCUCCUUAAAAGAAAAACUAAAAAAAAAUUCACCCGAAUCACUUAAAACCCUUAAACAAUCAAUCAAUCCUGCUCUGUCCAGAUCUUCACCAAUGUCCUCGUAUGAUGCUUAUCUCCAAUUCAUAUGUCUUUAUAUAGUUGUGUCUUCUCAUCCACCAUCAUGGUCUACUCAAGACAAGAUACAGUUAGGGUUUUUCGUCUUUGGUAUUAUUUUGAAUCUUCGCAAUCAAUUCAUUAUCCGUCCAAAGAAAUACGAGGCGGAGGAUGAAAAAUAUGAUUUAGAGGCUGAAAUGUUCAAGAUUUUGGGUAAUGAUACCACUGGAUGGAGUAAGAAAUUAAUAGAGAAGAAAAAGCGUAAGAUUGCUGCUUUGAGAAAGAAGAUUGGUACGCUUCAAAUUUGGCAUUUGUUAAGUGGGCAUAAAUAUGGCUUGAAAGAUAUGAAAGCCAUCAAAUUAUUCCAUCCUGAAUUCAGGAAAAUGCACACAAGGCCACCUUUGAUCCAUUAAUGAAUCUUCGACGAACUCCAUUGAAGGUACAUCUUCUCAGUUGCUACCAUCUCCUUGAUUUAAUUCUGUAUUGCUACCUGGAGUGUUUACCAGACCUACAACAGUAUUCCCCAAGCCUCACCACCUUGAUACUUUUCAACACUAAUUUGAAGGCAGACCCGAUGCCAACAUUAGAGAUGCUACCACAUCUUUGAUCCCUUUAUUUGAACAAGGCAUAUGUCGGAUGGGGAAUGAUAUGUUCAGCAAAUGGAUUUCCUCAACUCGGACGUCUGGAGAUGGCACUCACCAAACUACAGAACCGGUUGAUAGAGGAAAGAGCAAUGUCGCAGCUUACAUGUUUAAAACUGAAUGAUCUCAAGUACAUGGAUGAUGUGCCAGAAGGUUUCAAGUUUCUGAAAUCGCUCUGUGAGUUGCAUUUGAAAGAUAUGCCUGUGAAUUUUGAGAACAACCUAAGAGGAAAGGAGUUCGUGAAAGUCCUGUCACGGACUAUGUAUCAGUUUUGAUUUGGACAUACGUUGAAUACUGCAGACACAAAGUUAUAUCUGCAGUAGUCAGGCACAUUGACACUUCAAUUCUGUUCUUUUUUUUUUUGUUGAUUGCAAACUUUAGAUUAAAAUGAAUUUUCUGAUUAAAUUCUCACGUUGUAAUUUGAAUCACCAAGUGGUCUAGUGGUUGACAUGUUCCCUCCCACUGCGGAGGUAGGGGUUCGAACCCUGUAAUUGCCAAAAAUCCACUCCAAUUUAGGGAGUUUGGAUGUAGUCUAGGGAUCACUAGUCUAGGGUAUUAAAAAAAAAAAAUCUGGUGAUGUGCUUUGGGCAGAAAAUUUACUUGAUAAUGUAUUUGUU